AACGUUCGUCCUUUCUCGUUCAGGUACUUCUCACUGUGUCUCUCUCUACUCAAUGGACUUGGACCGUGAGUCUUCAGCUUCAUCAUCUUCACCAACAUCCUCUCCUUCUCGGGCAAACCCUGUUUCUUCCGACUCUCGGUGCCCUUCAAGGUGCAUUCCGCACAAACGGAAAACUGGAAGAAAGAAGUUCCGGAAGACGCGACACCCGAUAUACAGGGGCGUGCGCCAAAGAAAUGAGAACAAAUGGGUGAGUGAAGUGCGCGAGCCCAGUAAGAAGUCCAGGAUAUGGCUAGGCACCUUUCCUACUCCGGAAAUGGCGGCUAGGGCGCAUGAUGCGGCUGCCCUAGCGCUCAGAGGCCACUUUGCUUCCCUCAAUUUUCCCGAUUCGGCUUGGCGCCUUCCACGCGCCAGGUCAUCCUCCGCAGGAGACGUACAGUUCGCGGCGAUUCAGGCCGCUAAGGCUUUUCAGCAACCUCCAUCAUCGUCAUCUUCCACACCUUUUGUAAUGGAUAAUAUGUCAGCAGGGUCGAGGAAGAUACUAGAAACUUCUUCUGUCGUAGACACACCUCAGUUAAAAAGCCAAAAGAAGGUUGUGGGAGUUUCAUCGAUGGAUAGUAAGAGAAGGGAGAAAGCCGGAGAUGGUUUCCGGACAGCGUUCGUGGAUGAGGAGGCAAUGUUUAAUAUGCCAGGUUUAAUUGACAGCAUGGCCGAGGGUCUGCUUCUUACUCCACCUGCUAUGUGUGAAGGCUUCAGUUGGGACGAUGCAGUUUCACACAUUGACUUGUCUUUGUGGAAUCAUGAUUUCCUGUCUUAACUCUUAAGUUUCUUCUCUUGACAUUUCUGGUCAAUCAAGUACAGCCCACUGCUGUCCACAAUUUCACUCCCAUACACACUUUUAGCUUGAUCAAUACCACUCAUAGUUUCAAAGUAAAACUUGGAUGGACUUCAGGUGAGGAUUUCCAUGGAUAUAAUAGUUUUUAUAAAUUAAGAACAUCUCUAGAUUGUACAUCAAACUAGCUUUUUUCUAAAUGUAUGGCUUUGCCACUCGAACCCAUUCAAAGAAUUUACACUUGGGGCCUUCAUGGGUUCCACUAAAUUUAAACUA